AUGACGAUUCCACAACCUCCAUUGGUUCAGUUUCCUGAAAUUCACACACAUGAAAAGGGUGAUUCCUCUGAAGAUCAAAGUUCAGAAAAUGAAACCAAAAAGAAGUAUUUCAACUAUGCUCAAUACCAUGGAGAUUCUUAUCUGGAAUUUCAAGGUUUGCAGUUGAAACCACAAAACAACAUCCAUCUAGAAUUUCAGACCUAUAGUUGCCAAGGACUCCUUCUGUACAUUGAACAGAGCCCAGCAACAAUGGGACAUUUAUUUAUUCAACUCUUCAUCAAACACGGUACCUUACAGUACCAAUUUGUAUGUGAUGGGGCAGCAGAAGUUAGAAGCAUCAAUACCACUAUUAGAGUGGAUAAUGGACACAAGUAUAGAGUUCACAUUAGGCAAGACAUGAUACCAUGUGAUGCUGAAGUGACUGUCCUGGGUAUUUCUGCGAAGAUAAGCAUGCCUACCAAUCUCUGGUCCAGUACAGUUUGGCUUGAGACAGGUCCUGUAUUUAUAGGUGGUUUGCCUCAUCGCUAUGCAAAAAAACAGGUGCCUGAACCUGUCUACAAUUUCACUGGCUGUAUACAAGUCCUAGAAAUCAAUAAUCUGGGAUCUUUCACCUUCUCUAAUGCUGUGGGCAGAAAUAAUAUUGACAGCUGCAGGUAUCUUGCAGAAAUUCCCAAAGCAACAAAAUUAUGCCCUUUAAAUAUAUUGGUCAAAGUUUGCAAAAAAUAG